AUGGCGCGCGCAACGGCCGAGACGCCGCGCUCGGCGGCGCACGUGCUGUCGUGGCUGCGGCGCUGUCGGCGCGAGGAGCUGCCGGUGGACCGCGUGCUGGAGAAUGUGCGUUCUGUGGCGGGUUUGGUGCCGCUCGGCGGGCGCGUGGGCGGCUCGGACGGCGCGACGCCGCCCGCGACGCCCCGCAACUCAACGCUGACGCUGUUCGAGGCGGGAAAAGACGCGGACAAAGGCGCGGAAUCCACGACGGACCAGAGCGACGAGAAGCGCUGGAGUCUGCUGCUCUCGAGCUGCCAGUUGCCGUCCUCGGGCGGCCAGCAGGAGCUGAGAAAGGCCCUCGAGACGCUGAACAAGGAGGAAGGAGACGCCAAGCGCCUCAACGUGGAGCGCCUGAGGCUCAAGUUCUUCGCGGCGAGAAGGGACUUCUUCGCUGUGCGUAUCGAGCUGCUGCGUGCGGCCAGGAACCCGCAGCACCCCAACGCUCAGGCGGCCGAGGAGAUCGUGGACGAGCUGCUGAAGGAGGGGCUGAGGGAGGCGCUGCUGGACGAGGUGCACGGCCGCCAGUUCUACCAGCCGCCGAGGUUUACGGGAGUGGGAGCGGCUGAGCGCAAGGCGCUCGUGGCCUGGGAGGUGCAGUUUCUGGAGGAGGAGGCGCUGCUGAGAGAGCUCUUGCUGCUGACGGUUGUGGCUUCUAGGGAGAAGGCUACGUUGGAGAGUGCUGUGAGGAUCGCCAAGACGGUGCAUAGCUGGGAAGUUCGCGUGUUUGAGGAUGUGUUCACGGCCAGCACUCUGACGCUGCCUGUGGCGCAGCAAGCGGCGAGACGGUUGACGCAGGUGGGCGUUUUGGUGGCUCUGCGGUUGCUGCACUCCACGGGGGCGAUGCAGGAUCAUGCUGCGUUGCAGCAGGCGACGAUGACCUUCUUUUUGACGGAUUUGUGUGCAACCGACGCAGUACCAUCGCCUGUCCCCGGUGUAGUGCUGCUGGCUUGGGCCACACUUCUGGGACGACAGUACCGUGCGAUUGCUGGAUUUAACAGGCAAAGUGACGAGACGAAAGAGUUGGAAGCCAUGCUGCAGCAGACUUUGGGGGCGGCGGAGCAGCAGCACAGUUUCCACUUCUUGAACGCGCUGCUACGUUCGUUGGUGUUUGGUAACGAUGAUGGCGACUCUGAAAAUGCUAGCCGCCAGCCAUUCUUGCAACCUUUGAGUCUUCACACGAAGACGCUGUGGGCGCUGCCAAAUGUAGCUGCCUCGACCGGGCUACGCGGUGCAAAUGCGUCCCAGUCACAGUACGAGAUCAGCUCCGAUAGCUCUUCAAUCUAUCAGCAUGUGGUGGCUGCAUUUUUGGAUGAGAUGUUGGCGUCGUUGGGCUACAUGGAAAAUCUUGAUGGUGCGCAGCAGCUGCAUGCUAUGGUGAAAUUUGUUUUGCCGGUUCUCUCGAAUGCAAGUGUUGCCCAGCAAACUCUUGGAAUUGACGUGGAGGACAGUAACAUGACUGACGUGAUUGCUAGGGGAGAAAAUGCUGCGCUGCGAAAUCUCGUCGCCGGUUGUACUCCGUCAGGUCUUGAAGUAUUUCAGUAA